AUGAAGAGAUAUUCAAUUGCUCCAACUUCAUCACGAAGGAAAUCUGCUAUUGAUGCAACAUUACCUGAAACUAAUUUACCAGCAAGACAAAUAUUAGAACAAUUAGAUCAAGAUACUACUUUUGUUCUUCAAGAAAUUGAUAAAAAUAUUUCUCGAGCAAAUACUGUGAUUAAUGAUAAGAUUAAACCUAUGAUACAAGAAUAUGCAUUACAAAGUUGGAAAGUUUGGGAAAAUACUGGAUUUUGGAAACAUUUUUUUGAACAAUCAGCUAAUGUUGAAUUAGAUAGUUAUGUUGAACCAAUUAAUGAAGUGAAUCCACAAAAUAAUUUUUUAUUACUUAAUGAAAUUGAAAAAAAUAAACAAAAUGGAAGGUUUGAUGAUAGUGGUAUGACCAAUAAAACCAAUCAAGGCAAUAAUGAGAAUAAUGAUAUCGAGGAUGAUCUUGAGGAUAAGGAAGAACCAGAAAUAGCAUUUAAAAAACCAAAUCUUCGACAAUUAGUUGCUGAUGGGAAUACUCCUACAUGGUCAACAGAACAUACCAAACCAUCAAUGAAAUCAAUUCAAUUAUCACCACCGAAAAGAAUGAAUCCAAAUAAUUUUACUGGUGGACAAGUUCGAGAAAAUACAAAAUUGACUGAUAGUAUAACAUUAGAACCACCAGCAUUAUCUGCUGAAACUCGAGCUAUCACAUCACUGCCUCAUAAUCGUCAUAACCAACAUCGACUACAAUCUAGAGAAUCACCAAUUAAAAUACAUACUAUUCGACAAUCUUUAGAUACUUAUCAUCGAGUUUCCAUAUCACCAAAGAAAUUGAAAACACCUAUACGCUCGACAAGAACUAGUAGAAUUGAAAGUAUACUUAAUUCAUCACCCAUAUUACCAGAACCACCAAUUUUACAAUCAGAAAUAGGUAGUGAAACUCCAAAAUAUAUGUCAUCUUCAUCACCUAGGAAAGAGCAACAACAACAACAACAACAAAAACAGAAAAAAAGAGAAUCAUUAAAUCUCCAUUCAGAUAAUGAUCAACAACAACAACAACUUCAAAGAUUUCCAAAUACUCCUAAAUAUUCUCGAUUAAGUGGAUCAUCAGUGAAUAGUUUAUUAAGUAAUAAAUCAAAUUUAUCAGAUGAUGAUGAAGAUGAUCAUAUUAAUCCACCACCACAAUUAGAUUCUCAUAAUCAUGGAGUUGUAAUUGAUAAUAGUGAUAAUAAUCAUGGAGGUGAUGCGGAAGAUAGUUCCGAUGAUCUUGAAUCAUUACCAGUACCAGAAUUGAAUACUAUUGAUUUGAAAGAUAAGAAUAAUAAUAAUAAUAAUAAUAAUAAAAGAUCAAUUCAAUCAACACCAAGAUCGAAUGAAAAAAAGAGAAGAACAACAAAUAAUAACAAUAACAAUAGCAAUGAUGAUGAUGAUGAUAUGGAAAAUGUCUUUUUAGAUCAUUCUAAUAAGAAAACUCCAGAUAAUCAACCAUCAAAUAAUUCAACAACAAGAUAUUUUUCAACUGGAGGUAAUAAUAAUUCUGAUAAUAAUGCUGAUAAUGAUAAUGAUAAUCAUACUGAAACUCAAGAUAAUUCAAAAUCAUUUAGUCAAAUUUAUGAUGAAGCCAUUUCUAAAAUACGAGGUAAAAAAUCAACAAUUAAAAAUGAUGGAAAUAGAGAUGAAGAUAUGAUAAUGUCUCUUGAUAUGACCAUGACUAAAGAUUUAACUUCUGGUGAAUAUACCAAAGAUUUAUCAAAAGAUUUAACGGAAAAUUCUACUACUGAUUUAGGUCCAUUUAAAGAAAGAUGGAAAAAAUUGACCAGAAAGUAG